AUGGCUACUUUGGAGGACAAAAUUUUGGGUAACAAGUUACAAAACUAUUGUAGUAGCAGUGAAGAUGAAGGAGGAGAGUCUGAUGACGAUAGAAGUGGCGAUGAAGAAGGAGGCGAGGUUACAAAGUCUCAGGUGGCGACAAAUGCUGAACCACCACCCAUCAACAACUGGACUGGCCAAGCAAGCAACACUGGACCGAAGGGAGUACUCGAAGACUGGAGGAGAUUCAAGCAGUUGGAAGCUGAAAAUCGUGCGGAACUCGCCAAAGAACGAAUUGCUUUAGCGAAGAAACUUACUCUGACCGUUAAACCUGAACGCGAAGCGGCUCAAGAAAAAAAGAAAGAAGAAAUUGAAGAUGAGUUGUCAGAAUUAAUGGACGAGGAAUUUCUGCUGCAAUAUCAGAAGCAAAGAAUGGAGGAGUUGAUGAGCCAGUUGCAAAAGGUACCUAAGUUUGGUGUACUUACAACUUUGAAUAGUCAAGAUGAGUUCCUCAAUGCUAUUGAUAAAGAAGACCCAAAAGUUACAGUGAUCAUUCACAUUUACAACAGUACCACUCGAGCUUGUGAAACUAUGGAUGGUUGUCUGAAUAUAUUAGCUACUGAUUACCCAACAACUAAGUUUUGUCGUAUAGCAGCAGAUAUCACUGGACUGAGCCGUCACUUCCGUGUGGAUGGUGUGCCAGCCUUGUUAGCAUACAAAGGCGGCCAGAUCAUCGGCAACUUUGUACAACUGGCUACGGAACUUGGUAAUGACUUCUUUGCAGUUGAUGUGGAACGCUUCCUCAUUGAAUAUGGAAUGCUACCAGAAAAGUAA